UCCCAAAGCAUCACCACGACGAAGACGAGAACAAUAUGACGACGGAGGAGGAGUCUCUUUCGCCGGGGGAGGAGGGUUACAGUGUACAGAGAGACUUUUGGCGUCAAGCGGCGAAAUCCGAUGGUUUCGAUUUAGAGAACGUUAAACGACCACCAGGUAUGAAUGGAGUGGUCAUUGGACUGAUUCCCUAUUACUGUCAACUUUAUAACCGUUAUCCAUAUCGUAUCUUGGUCGACCUUUUUGCUAAGGUUGGGCUUCAUCGUUACAAUUUGUUCAAGGGAACAAGCUUCGAGGUCGCUGCCCUAAUAAAAUUCAACAUGUUACAGAACUAUAUGUCCUCUUUCUACAUGACUCUGCUUGCACAUGAUCCCGAUCCAGCUGCUAGCUCAUUGGAGAAAACCUUUCAGGUUCGAGUUGAUGAACAAGAUUAUGGCACUUUGCAUAUAACGUGCUCCAUUGCUAGGAUUAAAGCCGAAGGUAACUUGCUUGUGGUGCAUUAUUUUCCUUAUAUUUUUUUUAAUAAAAUUUCACUUAGCUUGCUGAUUAAUAAUGAAUGUUGCAUAGUGUCCACCGAAACGCCCUUCAUACCUCACUUUCAAGGUGGCGCACGGGCGUAUGGUAUCUUCAAAGGUGAAUUGCCUGAUUGGCCCUCAGAUGAUGCUUUCAAUGACGGAAAACGAUUUUACCUGGUAAAGGAAUCAGAGUGGCAAUCCACUGAUUGGAUUUCUAUGUAUUUGGAACUUGUAAUUACUACAACUGAUAGGUCGAUCACUGAAACGCGUCAGAAGACCGAAGUUCUGUCCCAGUUGGAGAUUGUGAAAGUGGCGAUAGAAACUGCUAAUGAAGAUGUGGAGCCGCCGAAUGAGAGACUCAAGGCCAAAAGUGCACAUGUCUACAUAACGUUUAAGGGCUUGGCAGAGCCUCGAGCCCCUCGGCGGGUUUUUGAGAAUGGUGAGCAUGUUGAACGCCAAGCUAUAGUUAGAAGAGUCAUGGAUCACACAGGAUACUUGACUCUCAAGGGUAAGCUUUGUGGUGGUGAAUAUAUCAAAAAGCGUUCUCUGGCUCUCAAGAGUGGAGAAGAGUCCCAGGAUUGUAAAAAGCAAGCUCGUGUCGGCUAGGCGUUUGUAUACAUGGGCGUCUGCGUAAUGUUAAGACCCAUUUUGAAAAUGUGGAUCAGAUAAUAAACUAAGCUAUUUUGUGCGUUUGGAUUCUUUGAUUUUUGGUUUCUUUUAAGUGUGUUACGCUUUUUUUCUUUUUAAUACAAUAAUAAGUUAACUUAUCUGCA